CUUGUCAACACUGUUCGGCUGACUCGUUAUAAGUUGAGGGGUCCGAUAUUGUUAAAAAUUGGAAAUAAAUAAAUACAUCCUAAUGGACCCACCGCCGCCAACUAAGCCUCCCCGCGGAGUCAAGUAUGGCAAGGAUGAGUCAGCAGGCUGUGGCUUCCUGGUCAACGUUAUCAAGUCUCUGGGCUUUAGUGAGACCAACGAGGAACGUCAGAAGGAGAAGCUAAAAAUCGAACAAGAAUUCAAACGUUCGGACCUGCGACUCAAUGAAUUGGUGUCUCGACAUGAUCAACAAUUGACGCAGGUUCUGCCUCUCUUUAGUCAGGUGGCCAUUGAGAUCACAGCCAGUCGUGAGCGGAUACAUGCGGUUAAAGAAAAUCUGGGUGCCUGCAAGAGAUUGCUUCAGUGCCGAAAAGAUGAACUGAAGAAGAUGUGGACAGAUGCAGUGCAGCACAAAUAUGUGCUGGAGAUGCUCGAACAAAUCCAGGAAUUGCGAAAAGUGCCUCAACGCGUAGUCAGCUACACAGCUAAGCGACAGUAUUUGCAUGCAAGCAAGGCUCUCACCGAUGCCCUGAACACACUCAAUGGACCACUGCAAGGCGUUGAGGGGUUGGCCGAUUUACGAACGGAUUUGCAAACACGUCGUCAACAGCUCUAUCAUCGUCUGCACGAAGAGCUGGUGACCCAAGUAUACAAAAAUUCAGCAAACGAAGCCCUAUUCGCCUUUCAACGCUCCAAUUCCAGCCGUUUGAAUUCUAGUUUCACCCGGGGAAUAGGAGUGCGACGUUCAACAGAUCGUAUUGAAGCUAAUGCCAGGGUACGCAAGGCUCUGGCCGAAAUGGCCCAGGGCUUUGAUCUGGAAAACGCUGAGAUAAUUGAAGAUGCAGAUCUAAUAGAUCCCGAACUGAGCAUGAGUUACUUUAUCGCCAUUAUUGUGGAAUGUUUUGGCAUGCUGCACAAAGUGCCCGAUUCUCUGGAAUCGCUGCGUGUACAAAUCCAAACAGAACUUUUGAAUGUGGUGCGUCAUACCACGCAACAGUUGUCGGCAGUUGUUGCAGUCGAAGGAUCAGCCAACGCUGCUGCAAAUGGCAGCUCCAAUCCUUUGCUAAUGCUGCUAGAGAUUAUAUUUAAGCAAUUCAAGGCAAUCGCCAAGACGCAUUCACUGGUCUUGAAGAACUACUUGGCCGUCGGCCAAAAGUAUGCAGUUGUAGGACCACAACCCUAUGAUUUGACAGACUUUUGGGCCCAGGCCCAAUCUGUGUUGCAGCUUUUGUUGACCGACUAUUUAGACAUACAAAAUGCAGCAUCGGAUGAGGGCAAUUCAACUGGAUUUGCUGAGCCAACUAGCAACAUUAAUUCUUAUUUCCUAAGGCGAAAAGUUGCAAGCACCAAAAGAUCAAUGUUCAAAUUCGACAAAUCGUCACAUAUAGCCAGCUCAGGUGGCAAAGAACAUAGACGCAAUGCAUCGGAUGUUUCCAUAGAUGAUAACUUGGGCUCUCAGCUGGAUGGCAGCGGGAAGGGAUCGACCAGUGGCAUUUUACCACACGAAAGAAAACAACACCGGGAGAAACUAUUGAUAUGCACACCCGAUCAAAAUGUAAUAACCAAAGUUUACUUGCCACUUAUGGGCUACAUACAGGAAAUUGAGAAUUUUAUGAAAUGCAAGCCGGGGCAACCCUGUAGCCUGCAUGAUUUUGUGGAUAACUAUAUUAAGGAGACAUUCCUGUCCAAAGGACACAAUCGGAAUCUGCAAUUGACCAUUGAGUCCUUGUCAAAGAAUCAAGACGCCUGGCGCACGAUUAUAAGCCCGGAGGAGAUGAGAGCUCUCAAUUUGAAUAGACCCUUGUUGCAGUCAACUGUGAUGGUGGAGCGUCGCCUGGUCGAGACGAAAAAUUUGAUACAAGACUUGCCCUGUUAUUCCGAAGAGUUGCUUAAGAUGGUAUGUGCCCUGCUAAAGGAGUAUCGAGAGAAUUGUCAGGCGGCUUACCGAGGCAUUGUGCAGCCAGAUUCCGAAGAUAAGCGUAUCUACAGUGUAGCCUGGCUAAAGGAUGAGGACAUUAGUCGUUUCCUUAAAUCGCUGCCUAACUGGACUGAUCUGAAGAUCUCUAGCCAGCGAACUCGGCAAACUCGAAAGCUUCAACGCGGUAGCUUUGAGCCUUCCGAGGAAGAGAGUCCAUUUCAGGUGCAACAGCGUAAUAUACGCGAAGCGGAAAUGCUCACCAGCAACUUGGGCGAAGGAGGCAUUACUCAACGAGAGAUUCUGGACGACAUUGGGGUGCUUAAAGAGCUGGCAAUACUACAGGAGAGCAUGGAAUGGUUUUCCGCCCGUGUCUCCGAGUUUGCCAAUGAGCUGCGACGUCCGCUUGUGAAUGGCCUUAACGCCAUAUCCGCAGAGUGCACUGCCAACAUUGCCAUCAAAGAUGGCACCAUUAAGGUUAUGACAAACCUGGCCUUGGAAUUCGAUGAACUGGCCAAUACCUGUCUCCUUGUUUUGCACCUGGAGGUUCGUGUACAGUGCUUCCAUUAUUUGCGUUCCAAGUCGAGUGCAAGGAAUAAUAGUUACGUGGGCUCGAAGGAUGACAUUCUAGAGCCAGAUCGUCAGGUUCAGGUGCUGACCAAGCGUUUAUCCGAAAUGGAUGAAGCGUUUAGUGCGACUCUGCAUCCGCGCAAGACAAGGUACGUCUUUGAGGGACUAGCUCAUCUUGCUUCUCGGAUUCUCAUACAGGCAUCCAAUUACCUGGAACACAUUGAUCAAAUCACUGUGCAACGUAUGUGCAGAAAUUCGAUUGCCUUGCAACAGACCCUAAGCAACAUAACCGCCUCCAGAGAGGUGGCUUUGGAUCAAGCCAAGCACUUUUACGAAUUACUAUGCAUGGAGCCUGAUGAAAUACUUAAUGCAUUGUUGGAGCGUGGAACACAAUUCUCAGAGAUGCAGUUGCUCAACGCUCUCCAAUUGUCGUGCAGGGCUUGCGGCAUUACCGAUGCCAAUUUACUGGCUUCCUAUCAGCAAAAGCUUUCGGAUAUUUUGGGUGCUAAGCCAUCCAAGGGUAUUGUUGUAUAACAGUGUAAAGUUUAUUUAAAAAAUAAUUAUACCACACACUCGCAUACACACUUAUCAAUUAUUGUUUAUGGCGUGUAUGUGUAAGUGCAAAUUAUACAAAAAUGCAAUAAUUGUUUAUUUUAACUAUUCGAAAUAGAAAUGUUCUAAAAA